AAGAAAGAGUGUAUCUUUAAUGGCUAUUGGUAAACUUUACGUGUUUUCCGGUCCUAGCUUUAUCUUGAAUGAUAAUCAGUCUUAAACGGACUUUCUUUAACAUUUCUUUCAUUUUUGACCGUCUUUCGUUGAGAAUUUUAUGUCUAAAAUCGAACAGGAGUUGCUGAUUGACACUCGCACGAAGUGAUUUGCAUACUUUUUUUUGGAGUAUUUCUCCUUUAGUUUGGUCUGCUCAUUCGGUUUGGUGAAAUACUUACUACUGAAUUUCUUUUAAGGUUAUUGAGUCGAAACUUCAGUAUUAUUAGCAUUUUAUGAGAGCUCCGCUUUUAGGCCUGCGUGCUAAGCCUAUAUUAAUGAUAAGGCCUUCGAAAGUUACGAGGGUAGAAAAAGCGAGCAAAAAUAUUUCCUGAUUUUAAUUGUCAAGAAAAACACCAGUUGCGUCAGUGACGCAAUUCAAUAGUAGCAGAACUUGCUUGCGUUUAAUUCUCUUACGUUAAGAAACUUCCGAUGUACGUUCUUGCGUAGCAGGCAAUGCGGAUCAGAGCAGAACUUGCCGAAACGUGCCAAAUGUUUUGAUAUCAAAUUUAGAAAUGAAGAGGAAGAGAAACUGGGGUGAUCACAGUGAUACCCAGUCAGAACCUGCAUAUGUGUUUGUUUAAUUCAAUAUUGAGCAAAUUACCUGUUAUAAGUGCAAUCUAACGUUUGUUAUGUGUCCUGUAUAACAAUCAAGCUGCUUCAGUGAACGUUUUAAAAAUUACGUUGUGUCAGCCCGAAGGUCAUUUACAAUACUGCCCGGCUGGAAUACAAAAUUUGAAUGUACUUUUGUCCCACUCGAAGAAUUAGCCGCAAACAGACUGAAGACGCAAGUAAAUUAAACUCUUCUUCCAAACAUUCUUAGUUAAAAUAAGUAACCCUCUCACUUUAGAACAAGAACUUUUUUUGCGAAAAGUGAACAGUUGAGAGCGCGACAGGAAAGGGAGAUCAUGCACUAACGGUUACAUUUAUGCGUCACGUAUAGUCUCAUUACACCAUUCACCUAAAACCUCUUCGCGAACCCUUAUUGACAUUAGAACGUUAGCCAGUUUAUUUUUAAGCCCGAGCGAAGAAUUUUUAAAAGUUAAAACACUCAUCUUGUUUCCCGGUAUGGGGCAUGGAUUUAAAGCCGAUUAAACACCCGAUAGGUACCGUCCGCGGAAAUAUCACGACAUUACCUAAAUCUUGCACCAAAUGUUCGAUACGUGAUUUUAUAUUAUUGUUUAAUUCGUAUUUGUAACUUCCCUUCCUUAAUCCAAAAUAAAAGAAAAACGGGCUUUUCAGUUUCCUUCGUUAGAAUCGCGUCAUUCAAAUUGAUUUCCUACAAAAAAAUUGAAUAAAAGUACUUUGAAGUCGAUAAUUAAGUUAUCACUCGUCAGAUACUGAUAUAACACGCCAAUACUGUGAACUGGUUCAUUUAUGGGUCAAGUAGAUUCGCCAGGGAUUUAUAAAGUGUUACAUCUUGUGUGAUUUUGUCCGUUCUUGUCGAAUGUUCGGGAAAAAAUUUACCCAGGUACGCUAAGCACCGGAAGUGCUUUAGAGACAAGCCACCGAAAAAAUUCACUUAACUAUUUAAUUGCUUAAAAAAAUAUAUUUGUGGGCACAUAAAAACAAAUACUCUAAUUAGGGUAUUAAGCGUGAAUGAGCAAUGUUAACAUGGUAUUAUGAUAUUUCACUGAAAGAGACAAUUGCAGUGACGUAAGAGCUGACACUGAAAUUGUACGUGCAUAAAAAGACGAUAUUUCAUAAAAGACGUAUUUACUUCCCGUGAAAGUACAUCGUAAGAGUUUAUGCUUUCUUUCCUAGACGUCACACAAACUCGGAAACAAUAUCGUAAAAGGGCUGGCUUAAAGAAGGGCUCUUCAACCACAAUUUUUUCAGGAAACCCAUUACAAAGUUGUUAUGUUACAACGUUUUGUUACCAAAGGAAACACAGCAAGCGUUUUUCCUUCUUCAAAGCUACAAGCUUGCUACCAAACCCAGAAGAAUAAACUGCGGUGGAUAAUAUUCCCGUUCUUUUUUUCUGCGGUUCACCAGAGCACCGCCUGCGAUUCCGUCAGCUUAUUUAUAACUCCGUCUACGUAGUUCUUCCGGAUGUGUAUCUAAAUGUCCUCCGCAUUGUUGGACUUUUUAUUUCAAUUAUGAGAAGAAACAUAACGUCCGUUUUUCGCUAAGUGGCACUUGUAGAGAACAUUCUUUACCUACACGUCUUAGCAUAAUGCAAACGUAAAAUUAUGAGGAACUUUUCAUAACAUGGAGAUUGCGAUUGGAAGUUAUAUUUUUGAACGACCCUCUGACCCGAAGAAAUCGUCUCCCUACAACUCCUGUUAUGCAAGUUAUCAGUCGCCACAGUGAAGAAACGAUUGAACCAAAGUAUAGUACUAAACAACUUGAACCCAGAAAAAUUUGCUCUUCUUCAACAAUCGUUGAGUCUGUGUUGACUCUUCCUUUUAACAAUAGGUGAACUUGAAGUUUAACUAGACACUCAUCGAGACAAUUGCUGAAACGUUAAGUGUGUGAAGGGUUUAAGCAGAUUGUUUUGGCAACUUAUUCACAGUAUCGACAAGGAAAAAACGUAGAAGAGGAUUUAUUUUUUUUUGACGAAGAAUGGUCAUCCGAAAAAAUACUGAGAAUACUCGCAGUUUUUGAAACACAGGCACCGGCUCCCCCUGAUAGUUUUGCCAAAUACAGUGGAAAAAAAUGGAAUUGCACUGCACGUAUUUCACUGAUUCCUCUUCAAGUAAGAGUAACCGAGCCGGCUUACAAACGCGACCACCCAUGAUUUUGUCCUUACUUGCCGUAGUCGCCCACGACUUUAGCGAGCUAUUUCAAGGACGCUAGAAAAACCCACACAAAACAAGCGAUAGCUGAGGUACUUUUACGGUCGACCGAUUUGAAAGAUCCGUUUUCCUUUGUUUUCGCGGGAGGGAAUGAUUGUGGUUACACAUCACUGCCUUUUACAUGACACAUCAGUCCUCUUUUAGAAGAUAGGCAUAUUCAAGGAGGCAACUGAAGUUCUCACACAGGGCCCGACAUCUGCCAAGUUACGUAACAGUAUAUAAUAUUUUAUGUAAUCGGUUUUUGUUUUGUAAUCCGUUGGUAUUUUCAUCCUCCUUAUUUAAUUUCUUAGCGGCUUCUUUCGUAUGUCGCCACUUGUUUCUACCAGCUACCAGUUCUUCCAGCUUUUCUUGCAGAAUUUGAACCACCAGAGGGGUCGGUUAAAGUUAUCGUGACUGAAGGGUUGUAAGCGGAAAGUUGCGUUUGAAAACGUUAAAGAAUCAAUGAAGCGAGCUUCAAAACAUUCGAAUAUGAAUUGUUCAAUAUGCAAUUUUGACGACGUUUGAGUUAUUUUUUCCGGUCGUUACGAACUUUUUUUUUUAUCUAGUGUAUCUUACGAACGAACUCUCAAGAGCCUAGACCAGAAAAAUGCCAGCAAUGAUAUUUGCUAUUCAAAAAUCGCAUUGCGGCCACCCUUCCAUGAGAGACCUUUGGAAUAAGAGGAAACGAAGUUCCAUCGUCAGGAAUUAAAAAAAACUACACGACCCAUGAGGCUGAGGUAUUCCGGUUUCAUUUAGGGUCUUGCGAAGGAGUCUUUAAUACAAUCCGGUUUCGUGCUAAUAAUCAGGAAGUUCGUAUUCUGCACCAUGUAUAAAAGAAAGUCUUUUCUAGUAAGCGUUUCCAAACAACGCAGUCAGACCAGCGAACAGAUAGCGAACAUCAUUUACGAAAACAGCCCUAAAAAUCGUUGCUCUUCCCAGCACCGCAUGAUGGAAUUCAGUCUACGUUUUGCAUCAUUACUGAUCGUUUUUAUAUACUUCGUGUUUUCUUGCACGUCUUCCAACCUAGUACAGGGGUUACCUGUCAAAGCGAACUCCAGAUCUUCAAGAGAUCAACCUCCAAGACGUGUUCAAACUUCGAAUAAUUUAUACGAGGUCUUUCCAGAUCCUACCAUAACUCAAACAGGACAGCUUUUUUCUAGGACUGGCUACUUCCUGGUGAUUUUACCAAAUGGAACUAUUCAAACGACGCUGAACAAUUCGUCCAUAUACACUAAACUUGAAAGACAAACCUACAACAAAACACUGAAGAGGUUCAAAGGAAUCCAGAGCAAACUUUUCUUAGCAUGUGAAAUAAGAGAAAAAAGAAGAGGAAAAUUUGUUGGAGUCACUCAGAACCUUGAUACCAACUCUCUGUUCGUAGAGCACAUGGAAGAGAACGGUUAUUUGACUUACAAGCCGCUGGAUUUCCCGGUACAUCCAAACAACACAGGCUAUCUCGCCAUCAAAGACAAUGGCAAGUUUAGAAGAAUAGAACGCUCAAAACCAGGAAUGCAAGCCUCACAAUUCACUUUUCUACCGUCACUUACAUGAAUGGACAGCAAACACGUGACAUUAACUUAUACGUAAGACAUCAGGAUAGAAGAAUAUGCAUUCGUGAGCAACAUGUUGAACAUGGAUAAAACAGAGUAUUUGUUCAAGGUAGAAGAGAAAGGAAGAAGAUAGAACAGUUCCAUAGCUUCCCAGCCAUAGUAGUUGUAGCUUAUACAAAGAAGGUUUCCGUCGCGAUUUUAAGGUGUAAGCGAUUUCAUUUAUCUUCAGCGUCACAUUGCCGUCCCACACAUGCCAACGGAUCUUUAGAAAGUGAUUUCCUGAGGCCUUGGGGCGGAGAGUUACAUAGUUUAUAAUUUAAUUGAGAUUAACUACGGACAAUUAUUACUUAAAAUGAUAUGUCAAUAUUCUGCGAGUUAAGGUUUUAUUGAUACAGUACGGGCUAGUAUGUUCAUAAAGCGAACGGCAAGAGGUAUACUGUGAUGUGGGCUGGCAUCCCCAUUGCGCAGGCGCCAUGACUCCAUAGCAACUCGCAAUUAACGUUUGGCUUGUCUAACAAGAAACCACAUAUAGAGCAGUUUUCAAUUGAGUGUUGUAAAAUCAAAACCAAAGUAAUCACUCUAGCCAAUCAAAAGGACACAGUCAGUACGGUGAACCAAUCAAAACUCGAAGUAAUUACCUGCAGCUCACUGAAAGUGCGGGAAAACGAGUGCGAGCGAGUCACGAUUGGUUUUGGUUUUACUUCUGAUUGGAUCAAAAAGUGGCGCGAGUUUUUUUUAGCCAAUCAUGUAGAGUAGUUGAUGCAAAACCAAUACUUUUCGACACUCAAAUGAAAACCGCUCUGUCUUGUGAUAAGAGAAAAUGAAAAGUUCCAGAAAAGCCGGUGUCCAAACAGACAUUGUCACGUGAGAAACUUCUCUUCCGUUGCUUUCUCUUUUUCUUUCAUGGUGCGUUGUGUUUAUGUGAACGAAUUAAAUUUUAACUGGCUAUGAAAUCAAAAAGCAGGUUAUGUCUGCGUCAAAAUUUGAACACAAGUUAAGAUUUAUGUCUUAUGCACGUUAAACGAAGGCGUCAUGUACAGACAUGGGGCCUGAAGACACUUUCGCUCGCAAGAAACAAAAUUUUAAACAUUGUUCUGAUUUGUAAAAAAAGAUACACAACGAAAAUCAAUAAGAAAUGAUUGUGCGCAUUCAAGAUUAUCUAUGAUUCGCAUUGAUUUUAUAAGUAAUUUGGCACAAAGUGCAUCUAUUUAUUUAUUUUAUAUGUAGCUGUUGGUUAUUUAAGUGAUAUAAAGACAAAAACGAUAAA